GCAGAGGCCGGCAUGGCUGCUUCCAAGAACUACCGCGCACUGCUGAAGCCUGUUGAUAUGCUCAACGCGGUAAAUUCGGCUUUUCCCAUGCUCGCGUUCGAGGUUGGGUUGAAUGAUUUCUCGUGCCAUGACGAGGACACGUGGAAGGCUAAGUGGAAGCAGAUCCGCACGAACGUCUUUGAGAGAGUGAAUGUCAAGGACAAGGGUAAGGAUGGCGAUCAGGAGACAACCAAGGAAGAGAAGGAGGAGGAGAAGAAGGCGCAGGAGGCCAAGCAGGCGCGGGAAGAUGAAUUGCGAAAGAAGCUGGAGGCUAUCAGAAUGAACACCUUGAAGGCCAGGUGUAUCCAGAACGGUGCAUCUUUCAAGUCGCAGGGGGAAGAGGACCAGGGGCCGACGACGGCCGAUGGCGGCGACACGACGGGCGCUGCGCAGAUUGCGCAGCCUCAAUUCGCCGAGCUGAAGAGCUUCAUCGAGUCGUUUGUUGCCGUGAAAGCCGAGGAGCAGGACUCGGCCUCCGUCGAAGACCAGGCCGCCAUUGCAGAGCUUCAAACGUCGUUCCAGGGAAGCGCCGAGGGCCCGUGCGACACCAUUGCUUACCCCAACAUACAGCGCACCCCGAUUCUAAAGAAUGACGCCAUGAUUGAAAAAUACUUGUUGAUAUCGUCCUUGGCAACGGCAGCUCCGAUGAAGGCGGACCCUUGGGCGGACGAAGAUAGUGGUGGCAAAGAGAAGCGGCUUCAAGAUGUGCGCGUGUUGCUCCCUGCUGGUCUGACGACCGUCGACAAAUUUACUGCGAAGCUUUACGUGUCCGACAAGUGCCACCGCCCGCCUCCAGCUCCCGCAGCUCCCGGGGCUGCCGCGGUUCCGGGGCCCGCUUGGGAAGAGGUUGAUUUGGCAAGCAUCAGGCUGUUGAUGAGGGGGCGGGUGAUCUGCCAGAUUGGCGACUGCACUGGCUCCAAGCAAUUUUACUACGGAGGGUCGGUCGCGAUCGCGCCCGGCGUGCGCAUGGUCGUUAUGCCCACCGACACCCUGCCGUGGAAAGUCAAAGUGCUGGCCCAGCGGAAGCAGAUCAAUGUCGACGGCUGGGAGAGCCAGAUCUCGAUGACCAUGAUGUCGCUGAAGAUCAAUCCCGACUUCGUGCAUUGGACGCAGAAAAAGCGGGCGGAGCAUGUGGCUGCAAAAGAGGAGUUCGACGACGCGUCCGCGACCAGGUGCUACCAGCUCACGCGCAUGCCCUUCGAGGAGGAGCUGAAGCCGCUGAUCGAGAAGGCCAAGACGAGGGCGGAUGACAGGGCGAAGAAGGAUGCGAUCCGAGAGGCGAAG